AUGAAAGAUUUUCCCGACAAGCAUGCUAAAAAAAUUAUCCCAAGCAAAAUCCGAAAUUUUUCAAUUAUCGCUCAUGUCGACCACGGUAAAUCCACUUUGGCCGACCGCCUGCUGGAAAAAACUAAUUUAAAAAACAGCAACCAAUCAUUAGAAAGAGUGCUGGAUAGCCUUUCCCUAGAAAAGGAAAAAGGAAUCACUAUUAAACUAAAUGCCGUUCAAUUAUACUAUCCGCCCGAAAGUUCCGAACCUUAUAUUUUUAAUCUGAUUGACACACCCGGUCAUGUCGAUUUUAUGUAUGAAGUUUCCCGUUCUUUGGCCGCGUGCGAGGGAGUAAUUUUACUAGUGGAUGCUACCAAAGGGAUUCAAGCCCAAACCCUUGCUUAUUAUGAAAUUGCUAAAAAACUUAAUUUAAAAGUUUUGCCGGUAAUUAACAAAAUUGAUUUGCCUCAUGCCGAAUUAGAGGCUACCAAAAACCAACUUAUCGAACUGCUUAACUGUUCGGAAAGCGAUAUUUGCCUAAUUUCGGCCAAAAGUGGAAAAAAUAUUGACCUAUUACUUGAAAAAAUUAUUCAUGAUAUUCCUUCUCCGCUUACCAAGCAAGCAAAAUAA